GAAGUGAGGAUAGCUGAAGCUGCUUUGAAACCAGCGGAUCGGGAGUUUGAAGCUUCUCAGAGGGGAAAUCUGUGUUUCACAUCAGUGGAUUUAUCAUGACUGCGAGGGUCCAGGGAGCAGCUGGUCGGGACAAAGCAGCGCCCAAGAGCCGAGCAACAGAGAUAAUGGUGAAGGUCAGGAGGGCUCUGUGGCUCGUACUGGGCAUGCUCAGUCUGUCCACGCUGCUGGUGGUGCUGGGAGUCUAUGCCACCACUCGAACCGAAAGCCUGAAUGUGACUGGCUACGCCUCUGGAGUUAUUCUGACUCUUGGAUCUUUCCUGGGACUUCUGGGACUCCGUCUGGAAGAGAACCGCAAGCAGCUGCUGACAGCUGCCAUUGUAUUCCUCAGCUUCGGGAUCAUCACCUCAUUUCUGUGCCUGGUGAUCGAUGGUGUCUGUAUUGUCUUAAACAUGGACAUCCGUCCGCUGAAAGCAGGGAGAUGCCAGUAUUACAGCAGCGGCAGCAGCUACAUUUAUGAGAAUUUCUACAUGUCUGUGUCAUGUUGGAACCUGAAGGAGUCCUGCACCAUGACGGUACGAAGUGGGACCUGUUACUGCUGCGACCUGUACGACUGUGCCAAUGGAGGCUACCUCAGCAACUACUAUGAGUUUGCCGGAGUACAAAGCUGUGAGGAAGUCUUUGUUCUGUACGUUGUGAUUUGGGUCCUCGCCAGCCUCAACCUCGUGGCCUUCUUCACAGGGAUAUUGACUACAGCUGUGCUGGGCAGCAUCAAGGACUUGAGGUGUAGCAGCCCUGUGGCCGAUCCCUCUCAGAGCACAGCAUCUUCCCCUACAGCUCCUCUGCUGACGGACGCCAACACUCACACAGCACACCAGCUCCACCCAGGAGCAACAGUGUUUUUCCCUCCGGCAGAAAAGACAGCAGCCACACAGAGUUUUCCUUCAUCACUGACUCCUCACAUGGAGACCAACCCGCCUCCCUUUGUCCCGCUGACCAGCCUGCAGCCUUACAGAGUCCACGGCCUCCCCGCCUAAGCUCCACCAGCGCUCCUUGACCAGCAGCUUUGUACAAAAAGAAAGAUCAAAAAUACCAAAAAAACAGAAAGGGAUGCAGAUGUGUAAUUAUUACUGUUGUUUUUAAAGUUGCAAAAAAAAAGAUGUGCUGGUCUGAAUAUUAUGCAGAAUCUUAAAAUCCAUAAGUAGAUGUGGGGAUGUUUCAUGGAAAAUGUUUCCUGCUCCUUUCGAUUGUAUGCAAAUAUUCUAGCACUCGACUGUACUUUGCUCAAAAACAUGAAGGUCUUAAGUGUAAAAUGUCUGUAAAUGUAAUGUAUUGUAAAUGCUUUUCAUGACUUCAUGUGUACAGGAGGGCACAUAGACUGUAGACUUUCACAAACAUCAGUAAAACCACGUACGAGUUCAAAUUUCAUGUGAGGAACAACUGGAAUGUAGCUCAUCAACUCACACAAAUGUUUGCAAUAACUAUUAAGUGUGUGUGAGAUUUCACAGGUUUGUUUAUAUAAUCUGUGUUAAAGCUUGCUUUAUGUCCUACAAAGCCCCACAAACAUGAUUUACAUAUAUGUAAUGUUUAUGUCACUAACUGAUGUUUCAUAGGAUAUAUUUUACAUGUUGAACUUUCUAUAAUGUGUCGGGUUUAAGUCCAUAUCAACCGUAGUUCACAGUUAUCAUUGUAGACAACAGUAUGAAAGUGGUGACUCUGAUGGUUCAGUCAACAAAUUUCUAAACAAGCACUUAACUGGAAUGAGGACGAUGGAUAAAACAUCAGUGACAAACCUUUUUAGACAUUAAAUGGAAUGAAUUAAAGGAGUCAUUGAUUGAACCAGA